AUGUAUCGAACAUUAGUUCGUCCACAAAAACGUUUCGAUGAUAUAUUUCGUAAUCAAGGUGUAUCAUGUGAACCAUUUGUACCAUUUAUUGGUCAAUUAAUUGAAAUACGUCGUGCAGCGGCAAAAGAUGCUUCAAUGAAUUAUCGAAUGCAACUUGUUCAAAAACAUGGUUAUGUUUAUGUUUUUUGUUUUGGUUCAUUAUUACGUUUAAUGGUAAUGGAACCAGAUAUGCUUGUGGAUGUUUUUGCUCGAACACAUGCCCAAAAAUUAUAA